CCCUUCGUUUCAACCCUACUUAAAAAACUGCUCCUACGAUCGACCAUGCCGCCGGCCGCCGGCUGCCUGCUAGAUCUUCAUAUAAUCUGUCCGGGAAGGGGACACAAAAGUGUUGUUUUAUCGAUCCAACGGCGCAUUCCGGCCGGCCGGCCAUACAUGUGAGCUACCAAACGAGGAAAAGAGCUGCUCCACGCUCGCUAGCGACCCCCGCGCCGCGCGUGUGCCCAUGGCGGCGGAGGUCACCCUGCGCCGCUUCGACCUCUCGGACGUCGACGCCAUGAUGGCAUGGGCGUCCGACCCCGAGGUCGCCGCCUUCUGCCGCUGGGAGCCCGGCUACGUGGUCAGGCGGUACCAGUACCAGUACUGGUGCCGCGGGGAACACCCCGUACUGGUCUACUUCUCCCCGCCCCGCGACGCCCUGCUCGCGUUCCUCCGGGGCACCGACCCUCCGCACACCUGGAUCCGCGCCGUCUGCCUCGGCGGCGCCAUCGUGGGCGCGGUGACCGUGUCGCGCACAGAGGACCGGUGCCGCGCGGAGGUCGGGACCGCGCUGGCGCGCGCGCACCGGGGCAGGGGCACGGCCGCGGCGGCCCUGAGGCUCGCGGCGACCACGGCGUUGGGGGACCUGGAGGGCGUGGAGCGCGUGGAGGCGCUGGUGGACGCGGACGACGCCGCGUCCCGGCGCGCGGUGGAGGACGCCGGGUUCCGCCGCGAGGCCGUGCUGCGGAGCCACCGCGACGCCAGGGACGUGGUCGUCUACAGCCUCAUCUCCACCGACGACGACCCACUCAUCGACUUACCCAGUUCAUGACCUUGUUGGCCGGCUUGUUGCCAUGCGAUGCUAAUAAAAGCGACUCACGCAUCAUAAACACGAUCAAAUGUUACCAAGAAAAGAAACCGAAUUACAUUGCUGUGUUUCACUCUCAGCCACGGAUUACAAGAAGAAGGUGGUGCCGCUACUGUUCUGCCGGUCUCUCCAAGAGAUCGGAGCUUAUGUAUGAGAGAACGCACGGGCUCGAUUAUUGAACUUUUUGUUGAGUUGUGACUUCGACGGGAUCCCAUGGAGUCGGCGAGAGAGCACGGGCAUUGCAGGAUGCCGGCCGGCGAGCGAUCAGGCCUCCCAGCCGCGGAGGACGGUGGCGCGGGCGACGCGGUUGACGCCGAGGGUGAAGGCGCC